GGAGUUGCCAUUGCGCAGACUCGUAUGAAAAAAGGGGGAGGGCCCGAAGGGGGACGCAUUAUUAUCACGGGUUGCUUUUCUAUGGCUUGCGAUAUGAGCGACCUCAUAUGAUAAGAAACUUGUGCACCGGAAUUAGUUCAUCCAGGCGUAAAGAUAUUCCACCCUUUUUAGCUCCACUCAUUUUGGAAGCGAACAGCAGAUUCGACUAUUCUUCUUGGUGUAAUUGGACCUGCUAUUCAGCCAGCCCAUGUGGUCAUGCCUUUGUUUCUCUACAGUGUGAUUGGCAGGCGUGACAGUGAUUGACAUGGUCCCCUUGGUGAUGGUCCAACAAAUUGCUUCUAAGCCAAUCGAAAACCAUUUAUCCAACAAAUGCUUAGCAUGAUAGCAGUGAUAAUAUGGGUUGUGUCACAAGCCGGGUCUGAUAAAAACUGACACAUAUCUCUGCUCAUAGACACACCCCAGCAUUUAGCUCAAAUGGUUUGGACGGAGACAGAAACAUCGCCCAGCGACCGGGGCGCCAUGAGAGCGGCCCAGGCGCUGGCGCAGUAUUACAGCCUGCAUGACCCUCGUAGUAGCGAAGGCUUGGCAAGAUUGGCCCACAUGUAUACCAGCAUGCAACCGUUUGUGCCCUUUCCUGCCGCAGCGCCGGGCGGGACACUCUUCCCGCUCCCGACAGCCCUACCGACCCUCUGCUUCUCCCCGACUCAAAUCGCCAGCGUUUGUGAAACCUUGGAGGAAAGUGGAGACAUCGAGAGAUUGGCCCGAUUUUUGUGGUCCUUGCCCGUUGCUCCCGGGACCUGUGAAGCACUCAGUAAGAAUGAAAGUGUUCUACGCGCCAGAGCUGUCGUUUCCUUCCAUCAAGGAAACUACCGUGAACUCUAUCAUAUUUUGGAGAACCACAGAUUUACUAAGGACUCUCAUGCCAAGCUUCAGGCCAUGUGGUUAGAGGCCCACUACCAGGAGGCAGAGAAACUCAGAGGAAGGCCCCUUGGCCCCGUCGACAAGUACAGGGUAAGGAAGAAGUUCCCCCUACCAAGAACCAUUUGGGAUGGAGAGCAAAAAACACAUUGUUUCAAAGAGAGAACGCGGAGUUUGCUCCGGGAGUGGUACCUCCAAGACCCUUAUCCUAACCCUACCAAAAAACGUGAACUGGCUCAAGCCACAGGACUUACACCGACACAGGUCGGAAACUGGUUUAAAAACAGGAGGCAACGUGACAGAGCAGCAGCAGCCAAAAACAGAAUGCAACAACAGCAGCAGCAGGCCCUGCAGAACUCGAGCGUAUCGAACUCGGCUCACUCCCCGUCGCUAACCGAGGGAGCAACGUGCUUACUCAGCCCUCACCCUGACGAUCACAGCCCUUCGCCGCGAUCAUUGGCCGACUCGCCGCCGCUCGAUUCCCCGUCUCCGGCGGGCUACCACGACGAUGACGAUGACGAUGACUUAUAAACCAUCGCUGAAUGUCUUGCAAUCAUCAGUGGAAAGAACAUUUAUUAAACCCGUUCCUCUCCGAAUGGUUUACGUACCACUACGUAACAAAGAGACAAAGAUCAAACGAGAUCGAACGAACUGAAAUCCACAGUACAAGCCAAACGGAGAGGCGUGAAGCUGUGACAGCUACAUGUAUGUACAUAGGAUAGACAACAUUUUAUAUUCCAAUAGAUGACUAUUGCGAAAAGAAAAACGCCGGGACAAUCUAUGGUGAAUUCUCUGUAAUUACAAUCAUCAUGCAACUCAUCAAAGUUAAAAGAAACUAUUUUUCUUCAUGUUUUCAUCGAGAGCUGUAGUAUGCAGGGGUACAAACCCGCAUCGUAGUUUUAUGUCGACAAUCGCUAUAUCUAUAAAAAAUUAUAGAUUCGUCUUAGAUUGAUGGUAUAUAUUUCAUAUGUCACCGUUUCUUUUGAAAAGGACAACAUACUGCCGAAAACACACGUAAUUUACGUUUACUUGUUAUCUCAGCGGGCAGAAGAAAGAUCCCACCAUCCUAGUAUUAAAUCGACGAUCACUUUUAAUUAAUAUUCAUGAAGUCCCCCACCCACGGGCAAUCUGGUUCUACUGUUACCCACCCCUUCAUCUCAACUCUAGCCAACCCCCUGAUGAAUAUUAUAAAUAUUCACGCUCUCUUUGCUGUGUGUUCGUAAGCUGCUUGUGUCUCUAUCAAGCUGCUAGAAGUGGGCUAUAAGCCUGUUAUUUUUGUCAUGAUUGUCUCCUAUUGACAUGGUAAGAGGGAAGAGACCGAGGGAAGAGACCGAGGGAAGAAAGGAAAGAGGGGAUAUCAUGUGCCCCCCUCCUCAUCCAUUUCUUCUCUCUCCCGCUCCAGCGGUCGAUCGUGUAAUUUAGUCAUAUCUUGCCCGUUUUAAGUUUUUAUCAUUUACCACCACGCCAUUUUCAUCGCAUUUUUUUUGUAUUGAAUGAGAUUAUCACGCUUUACGAAUUAUGCAUUAAGAAUCCAAUUGCCAGAAUGCAUAGAAUAGUUUGUAGAGUCGGUCACUUUUCAAUGAUUUGAAAAGAUUAUCAUUAAUCUCUGGCACAUGAUGCCAGCCCUAAAAUGAGUAAGCAAUUAUUCAUUUGCUUAGUCUACUAUUUCCAUAAGUGUUACUUUUGAAACAAAA